AUGGAAUAUAAAAGAGCUAUUCAACCAUAUGAAAUUAAUUUUGAUACAACUGGAAAAAUAAAUUUAUCUGAAAUAUGUCAAGUGUGUGGAGAAGAAAAUGCUAAAUUUUCUUAUGGUGUUCAAUCUUGUGCUUCAUGUAAAAUAUUCUUUCGUCGAAAUGCUAAUCUUGACAUAAAUAAAAAUAAAUGUAUAUUUGGUGAAAACUGUCUUAUAACAAUAAAAAAUCGACAUACAUGUCGAUAUUGUAGAUUAAACAAAUGUUUAUCUGUUGGAAUGAAAAAAGAAUUAUUGCGUGCUUCCCAUGGAGCUCAAGGUGGAAUGAAAAUGAAAAAAAAAUUAUUAGCUGAAAAAAUAAAACUAGAUGAAAAAAAAUUGUCUUCAAUACUAAUUAUUCAUCCACUUGAUUUACUGAACCAUGAUCGUUCAUUAUUAACUUUUGAUCAAUGGUCUUUAUUAUCAAAUAUUAAUUAUGCUUAUAAUUAUAAAAGUCCAAUACCAAAUAUUACUUAUAUUAUAUCUAGUCAAUCAGUUUAUCCUCCUAAAAUUCGUUUAAAACUAGCAAAUGCUAGUGUUAUGGAUAUGAUUGGUUCAAUGUAUAGUGCUAGUGAAUCGUUUGUUAAAAUAAUUCCGGAGUUUUCAUCAAUGACAAAUCAUGAUCAAACUGCAUUAAUGACAAGAAAUAUUCUCAAUUUAGGUGGUUUCAACUGUGAAUUUAUGAUGCGUGAAACCAAUAUGAUAAAAGAUGUUGCUUAUUCAAAUUGUCUUUUAUCAACUUAUGGAUCUUGGCUAUUUAAUGGAACUGUUCAAAUUACUCAAAAUAUGGAUUUUGAUGGAACAUUACUCAAAUUGUUACUUGCUGUAUUGGCCUUUUCUACAUGCUCUGAUGUUGUUAUUCCAGUUUACAAGAAGCAUUGCAACAAAAUAUCUGAUUAUUCUUUCUACAAUAAUUUAUGUGAAACAAAUUAUCUUUCAAUAAAUACAAUAUAUUUAUUUGAAAUUCAAAAUAAAUAUGUUGUAUUGAUGUUCAAAUAUAUGAUUUAUCGAUAUGGUUAUUAUGAAGCAGCCUUACGUUUUGCAUGUCUUAUGAAAAAUUUUCUUCAUCAAAGUGUUCUCACGGCAAAUGCAGCUGAAAUAUCAAAACAUGAUCAAAUGAUAAAAACACUUGUUGACAAAACAGAACAAUUAUUUUUCUUGGAAGAUCAGUUUUAUGAUUGA